CUGUCAGGGGAGGAAGGGGUGUCAGGAGGAGAAGGUGGGCGGGGAGCUGCAGAAAUGUAUCCAUAUCUCUCCUCUCUGCCUCCUGUUUUCUUUAAGGGUGUUUUUCAGAGCCCUUGUUCCCAUCUCCUCCUCCUCUUCUGAGCACUCAGCCAAGGUGGGAAGGAGAUACUGCCUGUGAUCUGAACUGUGUUUUUUAUCAGCCCUUGGGCACGAGUAGGGCAUAGACAACCUAGCAGCAGCAGCAGUAACCACACAGGGAGCAGGAGAGUCUCCGCAAUGAAUGGCACAAGGACUCCUCAGCAGCCCUGUGAGGAGGAUCCAAGAGAGGCUGCAAAGAACAGAAGAUGUCUCCGGGGAAAGAGCCUGCUCCUGUGUGCUCUCAUGCUCAGCACUGUCCUUGGGUUUGCAUUGCUUCUUGCCUACACCAUCCUACACCAGGGCCUGGAACCUUGUGACACCAAGGAGUGUCUCACGCUACUGGCCAGACUCCUGGAGGUGAGAAAUGCCACCAUAGACCCCUGUGAGGAUUUUUAUGGCUAUGCCUGUGGCAACUGGGAAGCCAACCACUUGCGCACAGGGACUAUGGAGUCAUCAAAUGUGUUUGAUGUCCUGCUGGAAGAAAACCAGCUGAUCCUGAAGAGGCUUUUAGAGGUUCCACAACUCAGGGUUGGAAGCUCAGCCAAGGAAAAAGCCAUCCGGUUCUACCACUCCUGCAUGGAUACCCAACAGAUAGAAGCAGAAGGGGCUCAGCCCUUGAAGGAGCUUAUAAAUCAGAUUGGUGGCUGGAACUUCACAGGCCCUGAGAAACAGACCGAUUUUAACCAGACCCUGCAAAUACUCAUGGGCAAAUACAACACCUUCCCCUUCUUCAGAGCGUAUGUGGGACCCAACUCUUCUGACCCCAGCACCAAUAUCAUCCAGAUUGACCAUCCUGAGUUUGAGAUGCCACCAGAGAGUGACUACAAUGAAAAAGGAAAUUAUCCUGAGGUGGUCCGUGUGUAUUUCUCAUACCUGAUGAAGCUGGGGACACUGUUGGGAGGGCCACAGAAUGUUACCUCCACCUUCAUCUCCUUUGCCUUGUCUUUCAUCUCCAACCUCCAGAAGGAGGUCACCCCACUGCAGGAACGGCAGGAGAGAGGGAUGCUGUUCUAUCACACCACUAUCAGGGAGCUGCAGGAAAAGGCACCUGCGAUCGAUUGGCUGUCAUGCCUCCAGGCAGCCUUCCAUCCAGUGCAGCUGAACAUUUCCCAGCCAAUCGCAGUGCAUGACAUGGAUUAUUUGAAAGGCAUGUCACGGAUGAUUGGAAAAUGGCAGAAGGGGAGGGUCCUACAGAUCUAUAUGAUCCUCUGCCUGGUUGGAAACCUCUCCCCAGCCCUCGACAGCCGGUUCCAAGAUGCACGCAGGGAGCUAUAUGAAAAGCUGCAUGGAAAGACAGGGGAAUCUGGGUUGGUACAGGCCCAUCGCUGGAGGAAGUGCCUGAGUGACACCAGCACCUUCUUUGAGCCUGUCCUUGGGGAGAUGAUUGUGCAAGAGAUUUUCCCUCAAGAGACAAAGGAACUCGCUGAGAAAAUGUUCUCUGUGGUCCGAGAUGCCCUCAACAGUCGGCUGGAUCAGGUGGAGUGGAUGGAUGAGCAGACCCGACAAGAGGCCAAGGACAAGGUUUCUAAGCUUCAGGUGGAAAUUGGCUAUCCAGACAGAACCCUCCAAACUCCUGAAAUAGACCGGGAAUUCCAGGAUCUGGAGAUACAUGACAAUACUUUUUUGCUCAAUGUGGUGGCCUGCCUGAAAGCUGUGAGGGAAAAUUUCUCCCUGAGGCUCCUUCAUCCCCACCUGCAGGAUAAUUGGAAGGUCUUCCCUUGGUCUGUCCAUUCCUACUACUCAUUGAGGCACCACGCCGUGGUCUUCCCCGCGGGAAUGUUCCGCAGCCCCUUCUUCCACGCAGAGUUCCCCAGCGCUGUGAACUUUGGAGCCAUGGGAGUCAUCAUGGCACAUGAGCUGCUUCACGCAUUCCAUGAUUAUGUGGUGCCUGAGAGCUGUCCUAGAUGCAACAGGGAUGCAUUAGUGUGGGGUACAGACUGCAUGGUGGAACAGUAUGAACGCUACUCUCUGCAGGGCCUGAGAAUCAAUGGCACUUUCACCCUGCUGGAGAAUGCAGCUGACACAGGAGGACUCGCCAUCGCUUACCAGGCCUAUAAGAACUGGCUGAAAAAGCACAAACAGGAGAGGAAUUUACUCGGGAGUGGACUCUCACACCAUCAGCUCUUCUACAUCAGCUUUGCCAAUGGUAUGUGUGGGCACCAAAGCCAUGAGAGACUGCAAGCCUUCCUGCACAAUGACCCACACAGCCCCCCACCACUCCGCGUCCGUGGGCCCCUCAGCAACAGCCAGGACUUUGCCAGGCAUUUCCACUGCUCCAGCACAGCACCAAUGAAUCCAGCCUUCAAGUGCCACAUCUGGUAAUCCACAUGGAGACGGAGGGGGAGAGAGAGAGAAAGGCAGAGGUAUGGAAACUGGAGCUGUAGAAUUCAUCCCUGCUGAAGAAUGGCCUGCCCUCACAGAGACAUUCUGGAGCCUAACCCACUCCUCCACAUCCCUUCUUCUCAUCCUUUUCCCCCACCAACAGGUCAUGGUGGCAGAAGAUACCAGUCCGAGUAGCAAGAGGGAAGAGAGGCUAAACAUAGCAGCCAAUACAGUGUGUGCUACUCCCCAAAUGCUCCCCAUGCCCUGCCCCAAUUAGGCUAAAUUUGCCUUUCAGAGUGUGGGGGUACAGGCUUGCAAGGUCAAUAGACAAGCUGCAAUUAUUAACAACACUGGGGGGAACCUCACAAGUUCCCAUGCACACCUCCCGCCCUGGACCACUAGGGAUAGAAGAACUCAGAUCUCUCACUCUGAAAUCACAAGGGGGGAAGAGACUCACUGGUUACUGCUUCCAGAUGGGAAGAUGAGACAUUUAAUUAAUGUACAUUGCUAAAAACCUCACCUAGAUAUGUUAUGGCAUACCUGUCUUAGCGCCCCCAAUAUGAGUGGAAUGGUCUUGAGAUUCUAUGUUAUUUUCUGCUAUUUAGCCUAGUGUCCUGGAUCUGACCUGUCUAGCUCUUUGGGAUUGUUUUUUCCCCUGGUUAUUCUUAUCUCUGACCACUAGGGGCCCGGCCCAGUGCUAGCUUGAAUGGAAAGCUCAGUCCCAUUAACUUCAUUGGACUUUGGAUCAAACCCUAGAUAUCGCUUGUCUGAUGCAGCGGUUGCCUCUCUUUUCUAAUUGCUCCCCCUGCUGACUUCUGACGAGAAGGAUGUAGCAGCAGCAGCUAUUCUUAAGCUUUUUUGCACUCAGAAGAAGGGGAAGAGCAUGCACUGGCUGAGGGAUAAGAAAGGCUGGAAUGGAGGAACCCCUUCUGUGGAAAAGAGGAAGGGGGGAAGCAAGGCAUGAACAGGAUAGGAAGUGGAAUCUCAGGAGUCAGUGACAUAGCUAUAAUGUUGCAAGUAGUGAAGUUCCACCAGAGCCAUUGAGUUAUGAGGUUAUGAGGGACUUCCUGAUGGAAUGGCACUUUGGCAUAUCACUUGGUUCACAAAGUGGCAAUGCUGCUCACACAAAUUUGGCCCUCACCCUUCUGGGGCUCAGGCCAGAUUUGAGCGGCAUUGUGACCAGGUGACACCACUCAUCAAUCAGAUUUGGUCUCCCGUGUGAUGUGGGGUGGACAACGGGGUGAGAGGAACUGAGGGGCAGCUGCCAGCCAAGAUUAGGAGUUGCCUCCCUAGCCUGGAAAUGGAGUGGGGUGCUGAGCUGGGUGCUGGUGAAUGUCCUGGAAAGUCUUGGAGGCCAGUGGAUGAGGGGUUGGGGGGGUGAGGUGUUGGUGUACUAUGGGGUGAGUGGAAAGGACUGGGAGGAUGGGGGCAAGUGGGAGAGGUGGGGGGAGUUUUGGGGGGCAACUGAAGAUGUUGGAGGUGGUUGGAUAGGAUGUGUGCCCAAUGCUGGGCAUAAGCAACAUUUUAGAUUUUGGAAUGGGGAAGGGAGCCCCUAAUCUAGUCCUGCACCAGGGCCUUGUCAUGCACUGUCAGGAGGCAAUGGGAUGUGGGAGGGUGUUAUGCCCCCCCAAGAUGUUAGAGAUUCCUAAUAGUUUCCCCCAGUCACUCCAUAUGGAAAUAACAGACAAGUCUUGUUCCCUCUCACAAAAAGGCAUCAAGUUAUGGUGACCCUAUGUCCCAUUUUGGCUAGGACAGUCUCUUUUUUUUUAAGCCCUGUCCUGGCUGUUCUGACUGUUUUUGGCAAAACUGGGCAUUUGUCCCAAAACUGGACAAAUGCCCAGUUUUGCCCCAAAAGUGGGGUGCAACCUUAGCAGGGUGCAGAGGAACAUGUGUGUGGGGGAAAGCAGCAAUGCCAGCCCUUCACAGGAGGGAGGGCUUGGGAAAGCAGCUCAGGCCAGAGCUGCCCUCUGCAUAUGGGUGGCAGAGGGUCUAGGGCUGGCCCUACACACAUGGGAAGAAGGAAGCCUUGGGUAGGCCCCACACAGGAAGGGAGGAGGUGCCUCGUAUGGUGUCCCAUUUUCCUUUUGGAAAAUAUGGUUACCCUAUAUUAAGUUAGCUAGGGCUGGGGCCUGUUUAAGGAAAGAUUGGGAUGAUAGGGGGUGGUUUCCAGGGUUUAUGGGAGCCUCCAGAGGUCAGACUAACCACCCAGAUUUUAGAAUGCUUCUCCAAAUACCAAACUGCUUUUCAGGAAUUUUUGCUAUCCAGAUGGGAGAGUUUUGCUGCUGUUAUGUUUUUGUGACAUAGUAUUGUUGUAACCAAAUGUCAUGCAGUAAUGCAGUGUAGGGGAGCAAAGUGUAAAAGAUAUAGUGGAUUUCAGGAGCAGCAAGAAAACUGGCAUAUAAGAACAUUUCUAUGUUACUAAGAAUCCCUUAAAACUAUAAUUUUGGAGGCCCUGAUAAUUAGACCUAUAUUUAAAAAAACAAAAAUAAUAAAAUUCACUAGAAUUGGCAAACACAACCCUCCUACAGCUCACUGGCCGCUGUUUCUUUGUAAAACAGUUCCUGGGAAAAAAUUUAAAUGAUGGGAGCUGUUUUAUUCUGAACAUUAUAUUACCAGUGGGGUGAUUCUUUGGGAGUAGAUACUGGUAUUGGGAAUAAGCAGCAAAAUUAAAGCUGGAAAAGACCAAUUAAUUGUCUUAAUCCUUGUCACUGUGACAAUUAGCAAGGGUUGUGAAGGAUUCUCAAUCUUUGGCAAUUUUUAAAUUAAGGCUGGAUGUUGUUCUAAAAAACAGGAAUUAUUGGGGGAAGUUCUAUGGCCUGUUUAUACAAGAGGUCAGACUAGAUGAUCACAAUCAUCCCUUCUGGCCUUGGAAUCUAUGAAUCCAGUGCCAACCAGUAUAGGCCAACACAGUAUAUUCUUCAGGAACACUUUUUUUGAAAGACCAUUUCACUGUUAUAUUCUCACUGAUUAAAGGCCGAACAGAAUAUAUGUGAAUAAAAGGUUCUUUAUCUGUGUUGUUAUUAAUAAAUCUUCUGAUUGAAAAAUUAUAAUUGAAAUAUUUUUUUAAAAUUAAAUGUACUAUUUACUAUUAA